AUGGCUACUCCCAGCAAUCAAGCGGCAUGGAUCAAUGAGAAAAACGCCAAACCCCUCGAAGUAAAAGAAGCUCCCUACACGAAACCUGCAGCCAACGAACUCGUCAUUAAAAAUGCCGCCGUUGCCAUUAACCCUAUGGACUGGAUGCUCCAGGAAACCGGCCAUCUCGCAUUCACCUGGAUCAAAUACCCAUUUGUGCUGGGUGCCGAUAUGGCCGGCGAAGUAGUCGAGGKGGGCAGCGAAGUGACUCGAUUCAAACCCGGAGACCGCAUCUUGGCUAUGGGCUGUGGAUCGGAUCAGGAUCGAAACAGGGCCGCUGAGGGAGCUUUCCAGAAAUAUGCUGUUGUGUUGGACAAUUUCGCCUCACCGAUUCCGUCCACUUUGGCCUUCCCAGACGCUGCUGUCCUGCCGCUUGGUUUGUCUACUGCUGCAGCUGGACUUUUUCAGGAGGAUUUCCUCAAUCUGCAAUUGCCCACCGUUCCGCCAGCUGCACCAACUGAGAAAGCCCUCUUGAUCUGGGGAGGGUCAACGAGCGUUGGUAGCAACGCGAUUCAACUCGCGGCUGCUGCUGGUUAUGAAGUAUUUACCACCGCAUCUCCCAAAAACUUCGACUACGUUAAGAAACUCGGUGCUUCUCAAGUGUUCGAUUACAAUUCCAAGACCAUCGUCAAGGACUUGGUCACAGCUCUUAAAGAUAAGACCGUCGCAGGCGCCUACGCUAUCGGCGUCGGCUCUCUGUCUCUUUGUGUGGAUGUCAUCAGCAAAACCAAGGGUGUCAAAUUCGUCACUGAUGUCGGAUCGACCGAUAUCCCCACGGACAAGAAACUGGCCGGCUUCACACUCAUCCCAUUCUUGCUGGGCACAAUGAGCCGCGGUGCAGCGCUUUGGGUGAAGACAAAACGUACCGGUGUCCGUACCAAGUUUGUCUACGCUAGUGACAUCAAGAAGAACUCGGUAUCCAAAUCUAUCUAUGCCGAUUUCCUUCCUCAAGCUCUGGCAGAGGGCCAUUAUCUUGCAGCACCGGAACCGCAGGUGGUCGGCCAUGGCUUGGAGAACGUACAGGAAGGAUUUGAGCAGUUAAAGAAGGGUGUUUCGGCCAAGAAGUUGGUUGUCACCUUGUAA